CGGCUUAGUUUUUUCCGCUCCUCGAAAGGGAACGUAUCUGUGCGCUGUGCUUUCUGAAAUCAUUCGUUAAAUCCGAGCACCCCGUCCAAAUUCCAAGUGGCACAAAUUACUAGUACUCCACUAUCCUAACGAUUUGAUUCAAACCCGAAACCGAUACCGAAACCGAUACCGAAUCCGAUACCAAAACCUCCGACCACGAUGAGUCACAAUGGUGCUGGUGGCGGAGCCGGCGGAUCGGGCAUCCCACAAACCACGGUCAUGUAUUCCCAAUUGCAGCCAUGGAGCCAGGCGGGCGCUCCGCCCUGCAUGGAGCCCGUCAUGGGACCCUCGAUCCCGCCGAGAGUUGGCGCCGCCUACGAGACGCCCACGAAGCACCCGUGGCGCCCGGCGAUGGCCUAUGAGCUCAUCCAGGUGAAGCACCUGCCCGAGCAGCCGGUGACCAACCAGCUGACCAAACAGUGCUUCCUGCCCAAGGGCAUGAAGACGGACGGCAUGAUAUUCCCCAACCUGGUCACCGGAUUCGAUCGCAAUCCGCAGCACGCCGCCCGGGCUGCCCUCUACACGCGGUACACCAGCAACGAGUGGUACAACAACAACAUGACCAAGUAUUCCGAGUCCAACAUGAAUCGCAACCUCUCGGAGCGCAUGCGGAGUGACGCAGUGCGUCUGAUGCGAGAGACGGACGAGAAGGCCACCUCGGGCCAAAGGGACGCCGGCCGAAGGCUGGGCGAGCGCAUCACCGACCUGACCUUCUGGCGCAACGAGCUGAACGCGGAGCUGGAGAAGCUGAUCGCCGAGAUGUCGGACAUCAACGAGCUGCAGCGGCAGUGCGGCAAGGCGCUCCUCGACCUGGAGAUACCGCUGCACAUCGCCCAGGAGUGCCUCUUCCAUCGGGAGUCGCGCCAGGGCACGGAGAAGGUGCAUGACAUCGUGGAGAAGGCCCUCCUCGUGGAGAUCAACAACCUGAGGAACUCCCGCGACCGCCUGGGCGGUCUGCACGAGAAGAUCUCGAAGCAGGCCCUCGACUGCCGCGGCGCCCAGCAUCUUCUCGAGGACGACGUGUCCCACAAGGAGUCCUCGCUCGGCAUCGACUCCAUGUGCCACCAGCUGAACAACCACAGCCGCGGCAUCACCUACUACGGCGGCAUCGAGAAGUUCGAUCCCUCGGUCAGCACCCAGGAGUCCUGGGCCCAGGCCAGCAGCGAGCACGUCCGCCGUUCCCAGGCGGAGCGGGCUAAGCUCUCCCAGCUGCGGAGCGAUGCCCAGAGCGUGGUCAACUCGGUGGCCACCACCGUGUGGGACUUCUGGAGCAACACGAACAACGCCUUCGAUCGCCGCUCCCAGGAGAUGGCCGAGGCGAAGAACCGGGUGCAGCUGCACCUACAGAAGGUCCAACAGGAGCUGUUCGACAUGGAGAAGCACCUCUUCCUGCUGCAGAAGGCCAUCCAGGACAAGUCCGGGCCGCUGAAGGUGGCCCAGACACGGCUGGAGGCCCGCUCCCAUCGGGAGGGCGUCGAGCUGUGCAAGGACUACGCCCAGGACCGCCUCGUUCAGGAGGUGCAGGACAUCCAGGGCGCCGUGGAGACGCUGCAUCACAAGCUGAUGGAGGCGGAGGCCACCCACCAGGGUCUCCUGAAGACGCGCUGCACCCUGGAAGUGGAUCUGCGGAACAAGGUCAAUGCCCUGUUCAUCGACCGGGAGAAGUGCAUGAGCCUCCGGCGCUCCUUCCCGGUCAGCAAUCUGAUCAAGUACUGAUCCGGAACAGGACGACGGGCUCUGGACUCUGGUCUCUGGACCCCGCACUCCCACUUGCUUCUCCGCCACCCACGUCGUAGCCCGUUCGCAUUAAGAUGGCUUUUGUGUGUCCACGUCUAGUAGCAAACUGCUGUCUCUUUUAAAUAGCAAAUAUGAUAUACUGUCGAAAAGUACAACCGAUUUGGAAUUAUUAGGAGCAAGCAUACAAAUAAAUCUAUUAUCUUACGUGUA